AUGGCUGCUCUGGGGGACGAGGUGCUGGACGGUUACGUGUACCCGGCGUGUGCCCUCUACUCGUACCCGUGCCCCUACCCGGCCGCCGCCAAGGGCAAGGGCGCGGUGGGCGGGGGAGGCUGGCGGCACCGGGACCGGGGCUACCCUUCUGUUUCCUCCUCCUCUGACGGUGCGUCUUCGUCGUCUUUCCCGGUCUACGGGCAGCUGGCGGCCGCCGAGUACUUCCACAGCUACCAGCCGGCGCAGCUCAUGGCCCUCCUGUCGCAAGUGAGCCCGGGUCUCGCCCCGCGGCCUGGCCGGGCCGGCGUUCAGGACGCGGCGGUGCAGGUGACCCAGCGCCGCGACGUCUCGGUGCAGUGCUCGCUGGGGCGGCGCACGCUGCUGCGCAGGGCCCGCGAGCCCGGCCCCCCGCCUGGCCCCGGCCCCGAGGGCGCUGCGGGAGCGGGCGGCAGCGGCCCACCCUCCCCGCAGCCGGCCCGCCGGGACCCGGAGCAGGGCAGCCCGCUGAGCGGCGCCCCGCGGCCCGUGCGCUUCCCGCGCACCAUCGCCGUGUACUCGCCCAUGGCCUCCCGCCGCCUCGCCACCCUCCUGGAAGGGGCCGAGGCCGCGGCGGGUGAGCAGAGGCCUGGGGAGCCGGAGGGAGAGCGAGGGCCGCCACCUGCCAGGCCCCGAGGCUCGGAGGAGGGCGAGGGGUCAGCGAGGAAGACGCCCCAAGGGCCGCAGUCCGAGGAGGAGGACGAGGCCCAGGCCGCAGUGUCGGUGAGCCAGGAGCAGUCCCCGCCGGUGCCCAGGGCCCCGGACGCCGCAGACGAGAGAUCGCCGUCGCAGAGCCCCCAGCCAGGCAAGGAGCGCCUGCGUUUCCAGUUCUUAGAGCAGAAAUAUGGCUACUAUCACUGCAAGGACUGCAACAUCCGAUGGGAAAGUGCCUACGUGUGGUGUGUGCAAGGCACUAACAAGGUUUACUACAAGCAGUUCUGCAGAACAUGUCAGAAGUCUUAUAACCCUUACCGAGUGGAGGAUAUCGUGUGUCAAAAUUGUAAACAGACUAGAUGCUCCUGCCCGGUAAAACUGCGCCAUGUGGACCCCAAAAGGCCCCAUCGUCAAGACCUGUGUGGGAGAUGCAAAGGCAAACGCCUAUCCUGCGACAGCACUUUCAGUUUCAAAUACAUAAUUUAAAUGAAUGUGAAAAAACCAAAACCCUGGUCCUGCUGAACGUGUGCUCGUGGAGCAGACAAGUGAGCUUUUUUCCAUGCCCCUUCUCCUUCCUGCCUCUCCCGCCUCAAAUUACUUCAUGAAAGGCUGUAUUUGACAAAGCUGUCAAAUAAAAGCAUUGCAAA